AUGAGCGAAGAUGUUUUAAGCACUACUCCGCUAUGGAGAUAUGUGACUAAGAAGGAUAAAGUUAAAGGUGGUGGUAAUUGGAAUUUUGUAUGUAACCACUGUCAAGUUCCAUAUUCGGGGUCAUAUUCAAGAGUGAAAGCACAUUUGUUAAAGAUUCCAGGCUCUGGAAUUAGAAUAUGUCCAAAGGUCAGAAAACAUAAACUUCAGGAAAUGAAACAAUUGAGUGAUGAAGCUGAGGCCAGAGCAAAAGCAUCUAAGUUUAAAAGUGUGCCUCUGCCAACAUGUGGAUCAGGUAGUGGUUCUUCUUUUGCGUCAAAUUCUUCAUCACUUGUUGAAGAUCCUAGGAAGAAGAAAAGAGGGGUUGAGAGCCCAAUAGAGAAAUUAUAUAAUGCUGCCAGACGUGAAGAAAUGGAUAGCAUAAUUGCACGGUUGUUUUAUGCAGCUGGCUUGCCAUUCCAUCUUGCUAGGUGUCCAUAUUAUAAAGUUGCAUUUAAUUUGGCUACAUCAGAUAGUAAAAGCAUUCAAGGUUAUAUUCCGCCGGGUUAUAAUAAACUAAGAACAACUCUUUUACGGAAGGAAAGAGAACAUGUUGAGAAAGAGCUAGAACCAAUUAAGAGCACUUGGAAAGAAAAAGGUGCGAGUAUUGUGACCGAUGGAUGGACCGACGAACAACGAAGACCCCUCAUGAACUUUAUGGCUGUUUCAGAGGCUGGUGCAAUGUUUAUUAAAGCAGUCAACACUCAAGGGUCAGUGAAGGACAAAGUGUACAUUUCUAAGUUGAUCAUUGAGACAAUUACGGAAGUUGGGCAUCAGAAUAUCGUGCAAGUAAUCACGGACAAUGCACCAGUUUGUAAGAGUGCAGGGCUACUUGUAGAAGGUCAAUUUAAACACAUUUUUUGGACUCCAUGUGUAGUCCACACACUAAACCUUGCUUUAAAGAAUAUAUGUCAUCCGAGAGAUAUUCGAACUAAUGUUUUAGUAUAUGAAGGGUGUGCUUGGAUUAGUGAAAUUAUUGCUGAGGUGAGACACGUUUUGCCUCUAGUAUUAUAA